CUGCGGAAGCGCAGGCAGAGUGGCUGUUCUGUUCUCUUGUGUUGUGAUGUUCUUGGUUGUUGUGCGCGUUCAACUGUUGCGUUUCUGUCACCCCUACAACCCCAGCUGACAAACACGAUGUCAAGUGUCCCAGAAAUUGCAUGCCGUCCAGAUCUUUUGUAAUAAGGAUGCACAAGGAAGAUCACUGAGAAAUAAUGGAGGAAUUUCUGAGCACGCUCCGUGAUCAUGAUGUCAGCUCUGUCCUGUCAUCCUGCGAGCCAGAAUUACAGGAGCUGAUGCGGCAGAUUGACAUCAUGGUGGGGCACAAGCGGCGUGAAUGGGAGGCUGAGGUUCGAGCCAUGGAGCUGCGUCUGCAGAAUACGCAGGAGGAACUCCAGUCAGCCAGAACUCUGCUCGACAAGAGGAGCUCAGAGAUCCGAGUGCUGGGGAAACAACUAGAUGAGAUGCAAGCUGGAAAACAAGAGCUGGUCGUGAAGUAUGAAGAACAGCUGCAGCAUGUAAAAGAUGAAUUGUCUAAAUUGAAACACAGCUAUGAAAAGCUACAGCGUAAGCAUCUGAAGGAGGCACGAGAAGGAGCUCUGAGCAGAGAGGAGGACAGGACUGAGCUGUCCUGCCUCAAAAGCAAGUUGGAGGAGUUUCGUCAGCGUUCAGCAGAUUGGGAACAGCAAAGACUGCAGUAUCAGAGACAAGUGACUUCACUGGAGGAGCAAAGGAAGAACCUGGCUGAACAGUUUGGGCUCAUCCAGUCUCAGGGUGUAGGUCGGACACAGGAGCAGGGGGAACUGCAGCGGCUGCGCUCUCAGCUGCAGAGGGCUCAGGACAGCCUACAUACACAAGAACUGGAACUGGAGAGACUUCGGCUGCUUCAGGAUGAGCUGGGAGACUCCAUCAGGGAACAGCAGGUCAGCUGCCCCGCUGCAGCUCACAUACGGGGACAGGUUUUGAGUGAAGAGCGAGAGGAGCUGAAGGCCACACUGGAUGCUCAGGAUCAGUUUGUACGUAGUACAGGAAUCCAGCAGCAGCAGUUACGGCGGGAAGUGACCCGACUUAACCAAACUCUGCAAGCAAAAGAGCAAGUCAUUAGGUCUCUAGAGGAAUGUUUAGCAUCACAUGGUUUGUCUCCAAACUUGGCCUCCCUUAGACAAGAUCUGGAGAAAGUCACAGCCAAGUUGAACAGUUCCCAGACUUGUGAGAAUCACCUCAAAGCUGAGGUCAUCAGACUUCGAGACAAGUUGGAGAGCAUGAGAAAGCAUAAAGCAGAGAUGAGCAGACAAGAAAAUGAGUGGAAACAGAUGGAGGAGGAACACGUUCGCUGUACGGCUGAAAACAAACGUUUAUGUGCAGAGCUUGAAAGGGCCGAACAGACUCGUUGUGGGGAGUUGGAGGGAAUGAGGAAGGAGGUGUCUCAGUUAACCAGCGAACUUCAUCAGCGUGACAUCACCAUUGCCACGCUCACUGGCUCCGCCUCCAGUAUUGAGCGACAGUUACGGGCAGAAGUGGAGCGAGCAGAGCGGCGGGCAUCAGAACUCAAGGUGACACAGGUCCAGCUUGAAACUCUAAAGCUUGAGAAUCGGCAUCUAAAUGAUCUUUUUGAGAGAGUCGAGUCAAGAUCACCUAAGAGGGGUGACGGAGAGCUGGCGAGUCUUAGAGACAGCUACGUGUCAUCUCUGAACAGUUUGGAGGAGGAGAAUAGGCAGCUGAGGCUGGAAAUUACUGAGCUGCGAGCUCGCAUGGAGGCCAACAACCAGACCUGGCAGGACAAGUAUGAGAGAGCGUUACUACAAAAUCAGAACAAGAACACUCAGAACAGAUCUGAUGAGGAUGUACAGUGCAGACACCGGGAGGAGCUGCAGGCCAUGGAGACUCGGAUGCAGGAAAGAGCUUCACACUAUGAGGAUCAAAUACAGACGCUUCUCAAACAGCUUGAGAAUCUGUCACGAACUUCCCCUCGUCGCCCCGAUGGCCAAUCACAAGAGAGCAGGAUGGCUGUGUCCCCGGCCCACUCUUCUGCAUCGUCUGCCUCAUCUUCAUCUUCAAGCCGUAAAGCCCACAGAAUGGCAGCUCUUCUCAGCGCGGUGGUUAAUGGAGAGGAAGCUCAAGCUUCCAGCUCGGACUCCACUGGAUCUCCAAAUGGCUCAGUGACUACACGGUUUCUGGAGGAGGAAACGCUAAGGUCUCAAGAGCUGCUUCAGAGACUGGAUGCCCACAUUCAGAGCAUGAAGCAGGAAAACGCCAACACCGUCUCCAAAUAACUGGGCAAGGACUGCAGCCCCCAAAACGGCCACUGAGUGCCUUGAUCUGAACUUGCAGAGAUAUUUUCAGGUGAUGACCUAUCUGUAUGGCCAUUUCUAUUUGAGAAGAAGAAUGUGUUUUGGCAGCUAGUCGGGAUUCAUAGAAGCUGCAGCAUAAUUGGACAAGAUCAGUGCAGCAAAAAUGACACCAAAGCAGUGCCAAACAACUUUUGUCCCAAAAGUGCUGAAUACCUCCAUGAUUAUUGCACUAGUGAAGGAAUGACCACAUAUACACUCCCUAUUCCCUUGACCUUUGACCUUUCAUAUGGCCUCUUGCGUCCACCGCCAUUAUCUUUUUGAGCACUUGAGACAUCCAUACUGUUUUGCUGUGCCUUUUUCUCAUUUUCCUUUCUUAUGCAAUCAAUAUUUAUGUACAGUGUAACCUAACAUAUAUAUAAAAAACAUAUUUUUUUGUAAACCUACUGACAUGGUUGUGAAGAGUGUGUGUUUUAAGGGUUGAAUUAAAAGAGCUUGUUUUCAUAGCUAUGUUUGUUAUGGGAGUGGAUGAGUUUGUGUGAAUGGUUUUAUUUCCUCGUCACUUUGUGCUUCGGGGGAAAAGGCUGUUUGGACAUGUGAUGGGACC